CACCUGUAGAAUUGUUAAAGUUCAAUUGGCUUCAACAAUUUGUUAGAACAGGAUCUAUUCUAUAUACGUGGUGGUUAAAAAACACCGCUCUCACAGAUUUAUAUAGGUACAGGAACACGGUCUCCUGAUAAAGGUUAAACAGAGAAGGUCUGUAAACCCAUUCCAACAAUUCACCGACCAGCGGAGAGCUAAGCAACCCUGACAUGACUGUGUAGCAGCAGAAGGGCGUGAUUGAGACCCGACACUGAUAUUGACGUAUGGACAUGUGAGGCUGGCUCACACUCGUUUAUUUCCGACAAGGAAAUAGAGGACCUAGGACACUUGGGACACAUCGGAACAGGAGCAUCUAGACGAUAUAUCAGAGGACAUUAAGCGCUGAGGAUACCACAGACAACAUGUCACGUAGGAGACUGGAGGCAGCUAUAUUGGCCGGGCAACAGAUCGAGCAAGGAAAAUCAUGGCCACAACAAUAUACAGGUAUGCAGAUCAUCAAGGAGGUAUAUUUUGACAUUGAUUCCCUAGGCCCUGUCUACAGUUUACAGUACUCAUAUGAUGGGGAGUCCCUUGCCGUUGGAUUUGGCAACGGUGCAAUCCGUUUAUACGAGUCCAGGACUGGCGAGUUUAUUAAAGAACUGAGGAAGCCACGGUAUGGAGGCCUACAGAUCAUGUGCCUGCGUUUCCAUACCAAAGUCCAUCACAUUCUCCUGGCAAGUACUGCAGACGGCAAGGUGUUUGAAUGUAACACCAAAGACGACAGCAUCGCUGAAGUGAUCUCAGAAAAGGGAAAUGAGAUCAACUGUCUUGAUUUUGAUAUCGAUGGUUUAAGUUUUGCCACAGGAGGAAAGGAUUUAGCCAUACGUAUCUAUGAUGCAAAAACGUACAAGAUACUUAAUACUUAUAAGGGUUUCAGCAUUAAAGAAAACCAUAGUGAAAUAGAUUCAGCAGGGUGUUCCAUGAGGGUGUUUGCACUGAAGUACCACCCAGAGAUUGAGAACAUAUUUGUUACUGGAGGCUGGGACAGCCACCUUAAGAUUUGGGAUGAUCGAUGCGUAGACGGACAAGCAGUGGUACGGACAAUACAUGGACCACAUAUCUGUGGAGACAGCCUGGAUAUUAAGGGUUAUGAGAUAUUGACAGGUUCUUGGAGAAAGAAAGAUGCUCUACAGAUAUGGGACUAUUCUUCAGGCAAGGUUAAGACAGAGGUGAACUUUGAACUUGGCGGUUGUGAUGGGUCCUACCUGUACUGUGGCCAAUUCUGUGACAAUGAUGUCAUCAUGGCAGCCGGUAGUGGCACCAAAAGUUGUGAGGCAAUCAACAGGAACACAGGAAAGAUGGUUGGUGAGGUGAAGUUUGAUAAGGCAGUGAUCGCCAUGGACACGGUGGCUGGGGGUCGCUUGUUUGCCUGUGGAGGAGAGGACAAAAAAUUUGUAUUAGGUGCACUGUCAGACUAACAUAUAUCAUGGCUGAUACAGUUACAUACCACAUAUUAUUGACAAGUGUGAAGGGAGAGAAUACAUGGAGACUUAAAUAGAAUCAUUCAAGUUUCUGCGAUAUACAUGUAUGAGGGUUUCAGGAAAAUACACUACUGAAAAUAUUUUUGAAUCAACUGCAACAGGGUAUUUUCCUGGAUUUAUUCAGUAAACAAGAUAUGUUGUGAUAGGUAUUGCUUGUGAUUUAAAUGUAUUUUUGCAAGAUACUUGUAUGAACAGAAGACUAAACUUUGUGAUUUAAGUUAAUUUACACCAUAGCAUUACAGAUUUAUUCAUGUUUAUGAUGUUAUGGUGAUGAAAUUCCGUCCUAUUAAGCCAUGCACCACCACUAUCUGUUGAGAAAUGUCCUUUUGUAUUCUUGCCUUCACUGGAAGGGAAGACCCCUCUGUAUAAAGUGUGGGAUAUUUUUGUACCUACAUGUAUAUAGUUUAAGUAUUCCUUUGAGUAUGCCUUGUUACACCGAGUUAACUGUUUCUAUAGUCCAUUUAUCAUGGUUCAUUUCCUCAUUCAAAAACUCAUUAAACUGUGAAAAUUUAGUUCGUUAAAAGAACAUGGUAUUGACAUAUUUUCGUAACAAAAUCAUGUCCUAAUAUUUCAUGUUUCCUGGACUUGCGUUUUAUUUUCUGUCAUCCCUAUAGAAAUUGCAAUCCCUCAUUGGGAGCCACCACAGAUAUUACAUUUACAACACUUUGUUGUCAACCAGCAACAGACAUCAGUCACAUGGCUACACAGUGACUACAGUUAAAAAGAAAACAAAUUCAUUUCAACAUGCCAAAAUCCAUCCUCUUUGAUAGAGCCUGAAAAAUAGAAAGUAGAUGCCCGUCUGAGAAAUAUGAAAACAACAAAAAAUUGGCUUAUCUUUUGCUUGUUUAUAGAUUUUAAGCUAUAACUAGAUACAUGUGCUGUGAGGAGUUUAUAUUGGAAAAAACUAAAGCUAAACAUUUAAAAAUAAAAAAAUAAAAUCACUGAUAAAGAAACUUUGUUGGCAAUAUCAACGGAGCACUUAUCACUGUAUUGGUAAUUUCAACUUGCAGUUGCUGAUCGAAAAUAGUACCUUUCAAGUGCAAUUUAUGGUUAUAAAGAAAUUGAAGUCGGUGGAAGGGAGGUAACUGUAUUACAGAGACCCUUCCGAAAUUUGUCAUUUCUGCUAAGUUCAGCAUUCAUAAGAAAGUUAUGUCAGUAAUCUACUGUGAUAAUACCAGACAACGUGUCAAAGAUCUGAUUUAGAUUAUUAAAAAAUACCUGUAAUGAAUAAAUAUGCUUUGUAAG